GAGACGCGGAGGCAGGGAACCGGGAGGGCGGCGGAGGAGGAGGAAAGGAAAGCGAGGGCACCCGGGCUCCUGGGGCUGGGAAAGGCGGGCAGGAGGACCCCCUCCGCACACGGACAGAGACCCACACCCAUGAGAACCGGGGGGGUCCAAGCGCAGCCGUAAACCGCUUAGUUGCCCCCCUAGACACGCGCCCUCACAUACACACGUACACCUUUUCUGCAGCCAUGGGGAACCGAGGGAUGGAAGACCUCAUCCCCUUGGUCAACCGGCUCCAGGAUGCCUUCUCCGCCAUCGGCCAGAACGCCGACUUGGACCUGCCCCAGAUCGCCGUGGUUGGGGGGCAGAGCGCCGGCAAGAGCUCCGUCUUGGAAAAUUUCGUGGGCAGGGACUUUCUGCCCCGUGGAUCUGGCAUUGUCACCAGGCGUCCCUUGGUCCUGCAGCUGGUUAAUGCCACCACAGAAUUUGGCGAAUUUCUACAUUGCAAAGGGAAGAAGUUCACAGACUUCGAUGAGAUCCGUCAGGAGAUUGAAGCGGAGACUGACCGAGCUACUGGAUCAAACAAGGGGAUUUCUCCUGUGCCAAUCAACCUGCGGGUCUAUUCCCCCCAUGUCCUGAGCCUAACCCUGGUGGAUCUGCCCGGGAUGACGAAGGUUCCGGUUGGAGAUCAGCCUGCCGACAUUGAGUUCCAGAUCCGUGACAUGCUCAUGCAGUUUGUCACCAAAGAGAACUGCCUCAUCCUUGCCGUUUCCCCAGCCAAUUCGGACCUGGCCAACUCCGACGCUCUCAAGAUUGCGAAAGAAGUCGACCCUCAAGGCCAGCGUACCAUUGGAGUUGUCACCAAGCUGGACCUGAUGGAUGAAGGAACUGACGCUCGGGAUAUUCUAGAGAACAAGCUGCUUCCACUACGGAGAGGUUACAUUGGUGUGGUCAACAGAAGUCAGAAGGAUAUUGAUGGGAAGAAGGACAUUCAGGCUGCACUGGCUGCAGAGAGGAAGUUCUUUCUCACCCACCCAGCUUACAGGCACAUGGCUGAUCGCAUGGGCACCCCCUACCUGCAGAAAGUCCUUAACCAGCAACUGACCAAUCAUAUCCGAGACACACUGCCAGGUCUGCGGAACAAACUCCAAAGCCAGCUUCUCUCCAUCGAGAAAGAAGUUGAUGAGUACAAGAACUUCCGUCCCGAUGACCCCGCUCGCAAGACCAAAGCUUUGCUUCAGAUGGUGCAACAGUUUGCUGUGGACUUUGAGAAACGCAUUGAAGGUUCUGGGGAUCAGAUUGAUACUUACGAACUGUCCGGAGGUGCUAAAAUCAAUCGCAUCUUCCAUGAACGAUUCCCCUUUGAGCUGGUGAAGAUGGAAUUCGAUGAGAAGGAGCUUCGAAGAGAGAUCAGCUACGCCAUUAAGAACAUCCAUGGUAUCAGGACCGGUCUCUUCACGCCCGACAUGGCCUUUGAGACCAUUGUGAAAAAGCAGGUGAAGAAGACUAAAGAGCCUUGCGUGAAAUGUGUGGAUAUGGUCAUUUCGGAGUUAAUCAAUACCGUUAGGCAGUGCACCAAGAAGCUGAGCCAAUAUCCUCACCUACGGGAAGAAAUGGAACGAAUAGUGACGACUCACAUCCGUGAGCGAGAGGGCAGGACCAAGGACCAGGUUAUGCUCCUGAUAGACAUUGAACUGGCCUACAUGAACACCAACCAUGAAGAUUUCAUUGGGUUUGCCAACGCUCAGCAGAGGAGCAGCCAGAUGAGCAAGAAGAAGACAGCUGGCAAUCAGGAUGAGAUCCUGGUGAUCCGGAAGGGCUGGCUCACCAUCAACAAUAUUGGCAUCAUGAAGGGCGGCUCCAAGGAGUACUGGUUUGUUCUGACGGCAGAGAACCUCUCGUGGUACAAGGAUGAUGAGGAGAAGGAGAAGAAGUACAUGCUGCCCGUUGAUAACCUGAAGGUGCGGGAUAUUGAGAAAGGGUUCAUGUCCAGCAAGCACAUCUUUGCCCUCUUCAACACCGAGCAGAGGAACGUUUACAAAGAUUACCGGCAGCUGGAGCUAGCGUGUGAGACCCAAGAGGAGGUGGAUAGUUGGAAGGCUUCCUUCUUGCGCGCCGGUGUUUACCCGGAGCGUGUUGGGUCCAGCGAGUCGGAAGAGAAUGGAUCCGACAGCUUGAUGCAUUCCAUGGACCCCCAGCUGGAGAGACAGGUGGAAACGAUCCGGAACCUGGUGGACUCCUACAUGGCCAUCGUCAACAAGACGGUUCGCGACCUCAUGCCUAAAACCAUCAUGCACCUUAUGAUAAACAAUACCAAGGAGUUUAUCCACUCUGAGCUGCUGGCGAACCUGUAUUCCUGCGGAGACCAGAACACCCUGAUGGAGGAAUCGGCUGAGCAAGCCCAGCGGCGCGACGAGAUGCUGCGCAUGUACCACGCCCUGAAGGAGGCGCUGCACAUCAUCGGCGACAUCAACACCACGACCAUCAGCACUCCCCUGCCCCCGCCGGUGGACGACUCUUGGCUGCAGGUGCAGAACAUACCGUCCGGACGCAGGUCCCCCACGUCCAGCCCUACGCCGCAGAGGAGAGCGCCAGCAGUGCCCCCGGCCAGACCUGGAUCGCGCGGCCCGGCUCCUGGACCUCCGCCUGCUGGUGGUCCCACUCUGGGUGGUGCGCCUCCUGUGCCCUCUAGGCCAGGGGCUUCCCCGGAUCCUUUCGGGCCUCCCCCACAGGUUCCGUCUCGGCCCAACCGCGCCCCCCCUGGCGUCCCCAGCCGGAAGGGCCCUGCUUCACCUACGCGACCCACCAUAAUCCGAUCAGCUGAACCAUCCCUCUUAGAUUUAUAACCCGAGGCCUGUAGACAGCUGGUGACAAGUACCUUGCUUGGGGCUCUUCGGUUGGCCCCCAAACCCUUACCCACCCACCCACCCCGGUUCUCUCAGACACAUCCUCACCCCCCCUUCCUCCGACCCUUCCCACAUGUCGUAAAAUGCUCAUUAGUGACUGAGCUCUUCUUUGUCUUCUCUCAUGCGUCCUGUAUCGCUUUGUGAGCAUAGAGUAGUCCUAGUUCAGUGGCAUGAGGAACUGUUGAAGGACACGAGCUCUUGGGAGCCUUGUGUUACUGGAAUGUCAAUGUCCAACCUGGCCUGCUCACGGUGUCCUGCCUGCAUUGGUUAGCUGUAGCGUCUAGCGCUCAAUCCGUAGCUACGUAGCGGUUCUUUUCUACGGUAGUUCAGAUGAAAACACAAAAGCCCUGUGUUUGCAAUCCCGGCCGAGGAUACAUACACGGCAAGACAGUUAACGCAAAACGUUGAACAUUCUUGAGAACGUCUGAUAUGUGGGUUUGAUUGGAAGUGCAGACUUUUGGGAACGGUGGAACGCUUUUGCAAGCGGAGGGGCGAUAAAGCAGUCGGGAAAGGGGUCUUGUAAAGAUGCAGUCUUCCAGACCAUGAAGCACGUCCUUAUCUCCGAGUGGAAAGACUCAACGGCGACGGGCUGCCCUCCGUUCUUUGAAGUACCAGAGGAGGGUUGAGGCUUUUGGCAGUAGCUAGCUUGUCUUAGCACUUGAAACUGACUUUCUGCACAGCCAGAGAGGCUAAUAAGAGUUCCUCUCCACACAAAAAUGGACGAGCUAAUAUUUCCAGGAGAAUUUGCUGUGUCAGUGUUUUAUUGCAACCACCAGUGCUUCAGACAGGGGGGGAAAUAAACCCCAACAACUGCAAACCACACUACUUGUUUGAUGUCUUGAGUAUCCUGGUGAUUCUAAUAGCCUUUACUACUUGCAUGCUGAUGGUACGUAUGUAUAACGUGGGGGGAAAUGUAUUUGUGACUCUUUUAAGUCUCGACUCGCACUGGCUUCUUUAUGUACGUGCUGAGGGGGUAAAUACAAAAACAUUUUAAGGGGUAAAUACAAAAACAUUUUAAGGGGGAAAAGAAGACCUUCGACAUCCUGUCCCUCUGAAAGCCAAGUCACACCCUCCUCCUUUUAAAGUCUUCCCCACCUACAAUUUAAGUUAUUGGUUGUUUUUUAUUCCGGUGCUGUUGCUUUUGAUUUCUGUUGAGGAUCCUCAUGACACCAACUUCUGAUGUUUGUUCCUUUCCCUAUUUUAACUAUUGUUUUACUUUUUUGUCCUUCUCCUACUCCCUUCUCUCUCCCCCCCCCUUUUUUUUGGGUGUGUGUGUGUGUGU